CGCCUGAUUAGCGGCUACCGCGCCGGUCGCUGGUGAGACCGCAGGCCCGGCGCUCCGCCCGCCCUGGGCUCGCUUGUGUAGUGCUUACCACAGUUAUUUUAACAAGUGCUGUGCAAUUGCAUAAUUUCUCAACAGUUAUGUGCUUGUGACUCAACAUUUAAAUAUAGUGUCAUUCAUCUCACCAGUGUUCAUAUCGGAGUUGACACGGCCCAACGAUGUUAAAAGGUCGGGGUCGCGACCCGCGUUUCACCGGGACCAACGUUCCUGGGUCGCCUGGUAUGGUGCGUCCAGCCAACCAGACUAUGACCCGGCAUGUACAGGGUGCUCAACUGACGGUGCGGACGUCCAAAGCCCCGCUAGCAAAACCAGAGCCAGAGUACGAAGUGGUGGAGUUCCCCACGGAACAAUACGUCAAUGCCAAACUUCAACCGCCACCGCCGCCGCCUCCACGGCCCGCUACAGGUCACCCAGUAGACGCGGGUGCAUCGUGCGGUUUGUGCGGGGGCGGCGGCGCGCGCGUGCGAUGCGCCGAGUGCGGACGGCGCGCGCUGUGCGCCUCCUGCGACGACAUGUACCACCGCCAUCCGAAGCGGAGGCACCACCAGCGACAGGCUCUAUCCACAUCGCAACUACGAGAUGAGCGUCCUCCACUGCCGCCUAAGACCACGCCGCCUGUUCCGCCGCCGAGACGACACAAGAUGAGCGGAGACAGAAUGAGUGCAAGUCCAAGACCACCACCAACAGAACAAAGACGCGCCACCCUCGGUCACUUGUCUAUGGCUCCCAACCAGACUUUUACGAUGCCUCUGAACAACCACUCCGCUCAUCACACCCACCAACUGCCCCCACAUCUUCAAGGUAAACUAUCACACCCAGACAUGUCUGGCCACCUUGGUAGCAUGCCAUAUCUGCCGAGCACAAUGCAAGCACCUGCACCUAUCACUCAUCAGCAGACAAGCACGCUUGGACAUACGUCACCGUGGGCACGACAACGUGGAUCUAUCCCGGGGUUUAAUAUGCCGACUAAUGUUAUCAAUCAACCUUUUCCCGCCGAAGCCUGGGAGAACCAAGAAGCUAUCCCCUCACACGGCGUGCACGGCGCCCACUCGCCUCACGGUCCGCACGCGACCCAAAGCUGGUGCCGGCCACUUCGUCGCGGUGCCUCAGUCCUAGAACUAGGUGGUGGGGGAUGCGCAGGGUGCGCUCAUUGCGCGCCGAUGUCAGCAUGGCGAUACGGCAGUUGCGCUAACUUGGAGACGGGGUGGGGGGCAUGGCCGCAACAAGUGCCGUGCUGCGUGCCACAUACACCACAUCCAAUCGCACAUGGACACCCAGCGCAUACGCCGCAGCCUUAUCGCAGAGCUGAAAGUCGCGCCGUGUCACGUGCGGCUUCGCGAACGGGAUCGCGCGCGGCGUCGCCCGCUAUGAGCGUGCGGUCGCGCGCGUCGCGUCGCAACAAACAUCGCACGCCGUCCCCACCACUGCCGUCCAGCGACGCCGACUCUGAGAGCGAGGGCAGCGAGCAUGAGACGCAACCGCAUAAGGAUGAAGACGAUCUAGGUCCUCCGCCGGCACCGCCGAGUGUGUCAUGGCAGUGCGAAUUCUGUACGUUUGUAAACGACCCGGGAGGCCGCGUGUGCGCCAUCUGCUGCCGCACGCCGACCGCCGCGCCGCGCCCGGCUGAUGUGACUCGCGCUGUAGCGGCGCUCAGUGUACAAGAAAAUCGCGAACCGAAACCCAGCCGCCUUGAAGAACCGCCGGUUAAACAAAACGGUGAAAAUUCUAAAGGUGGGCAAAAAAAAGUACGGGCCUCGACCGGAUGCGGUCCAUCGCCUCCCAGAGAUGACAAAUUAAAGAAGUCUUUAAACCGACUCGUUACGCCGACGCGAGAAAGUGAUCGUGUGGAGCCUAAGAGAAAACUGGAUACUGGAGUGGGACCAUCGCCGCCUCGUGAGAUUCAGCAGAAAAUGACGGAAAAGCACAGCGUAUCCGUUGGUCCGUCCCCGCCGCGGGAAACCGUGUCGAAUUCGAAUCGUGCUUCGCCAAAUUCUGCGGUAGAAAAAAAGUCCGCUGGAACGUCCCCCCCUCGCUCGGGUGACAGUCGGCCGUCGUCGUCUCGCGCCGUCUCCAACACCGGCACGUCGCCACCACCGCAGAGUAUAUCCACGCAGACAUACGAAGUGCCAAAUUCGUGGCGCGACCCCACGUCCCGCGCACGGUCGCGAGCUCGGCGCAGAGCUCGCGACGACACGCGUCGCGAGCGUUCACACAGCCGACACUCGCUCUCCAGCGACACACGGGAAAGCGAACGCAGCGCUCGCACCAGCCGUGAGGGGCGCUGGGAAUGGCGGGAUCGGGAGCGCGACAGCAGCCCGGGCGGGGAGUGGAGCGAGGGCGAGCGGCGGCGGCCCGGUUUGCGGCGCCGUGCUUCCCAUCUCGACCUGCACAGAGCCAGGCCUGCAAGGAGGGCUAGUGGAUACGGAUCUGGGGCGGUAUCUCCGGAGCCCUUAUCCAGCAACAGGGCGAUCUCUUUAGAGGCUCUAGUAGGAGCCGGAGCAAGAAGAGAAGCGGAAAGAGGGCUGGAGCUCGCGAGGCUUAUGACUGAAGCCGAGCGGCUGGGAUUCAGUGCGGCGGAAGUGCACGCGGCACUUGCACAGAGUCCAGCAGCUCCGCUGACCUGGUUGCGAGAGCGGUGGGCGAGUCUGUGUGCCGGCGUGAGAGCCGCCGCCGCUAGACUAGCGCCGCACGCGCCGGUCUCCGAGCUAGAGGCCCGGGCGGCGCUGGCGAGGCACCGCGGCGCUAUGUGGCCUGCAGUUACCGACUGCGUGGAAAGACACCGCCAACAUCGGCAGGCGGAGUCACUUGGUGUGGGCUCGGAGGCGCGGCACGGCGGGCGUGUGUGGGGCUCCCCGGCCGGCGCCGACGACGACGCCGCGCCCCCGCGACUCGACCGCCGCGCCGAAGAUAGCUCAGAUGAAUACGACGAACGGGCACCUACCAAAUUUCAAGAUGACGACUGGAUGUAUUUACCGCUAGACGCGAAUGAUCCCUUGUAUGAGAAAGACGAAACGUGGCAAGUACCGACGGAUCCCAUCCUCCAGAAAACGGAAGACGUGGCAUCGAAAUUGAAAUCGCUUCUCCUACAGGCCGGAGUUCCUGCGGUUGAUGAGAAUUUGUUAAUAAAAGGUCUCCUUUCUGACAAUGCUUUAUUCAAAACGGAUGAACAUACGGUAAAUAAAUCACAGUUCACAGACUUUCUUCAAUCAGAAAAUGACUUUAUAGAUGCUUAUAAUGCUUUGACGAGACUUAGUCCAUUACCUAAUGUUAGUGAACCUACAAAUGAAAUCAAACAUGUAAAUAGAGAAGGAAAUACUUACCUUAAAAUAAAUAUUGCAAAAAAUAAACCAGAAAAUAUAAAUACCAAUUUAAACAUCAAAGAGAGAAAUACACUAGAAGGCUCAAAUUUAUCCAAUGAAUAUAUACAAAAAACCAAUUUAAAAUUAAAUAUAGCAGCGAUAAACCAUGAAACAGUAUAUAAAGACGAAGAAAUAACAAUGACUGAUAUUUCAGAGCCACGUGUUUCUCACACAGCUGUAGUCACCCAAGAGCCAUAUGAAAGUAAAUUAAUCGAAAAUGUGAAAGUAUCACCUGUAGUUACUACAUUUCAUAAUUUGGACGCCAAUUCCCGAAAAAAAGAAAUAGUUGACAUAUCUCAAGGGCAAGGUAAUUCACGUUCUAGCGAAACAAACCUGAGAGAGAAAGAAAGACAAAAUCAUAACAGUUCAGUACUUGAAGAAAUACCGAAGACAAAUAAUUCUGCAAACGAUAAUAAAACGUCUUCUAUAAACCACUUUAUAAAACAAGAUGAAGAAAAAUCUAAAAAAUUAAAUGACAUUGUUGAUCAUACACAAAAGCUUAUACAACAAAUGAAAGAUGAAAUAAAUUCUGACAUUAAUUCUAUAGAAGGUUCCAAUGUUUCUCAAAGUGAAGCAGAUACUAGUUCCAACGAAUCUGAGUUUUCAUCUGAACAUGAGUCAAGCUUUAGUGAAACAGAUGACGAAACCGAAAAUCUAACGUCAAAUGAAGAAGAUAAGGAAUCAAGUGUAGAAAAUGAAGAAGAUCAAGUAACAGAAAGACAUGAAAUAGUUACUAGAACAAGUUCAGAAGAUAAUGAACAGUUCGAAGAAGCUAUGGAUCACAUUGACGACCAAAUUGAAGAUUUCAAAAACACGAACAUCCAAAUUUUAGACUCUAUUGCUCGGAGUCUUCAAGAGGAACAUAUAGUUUCUGUAGAAAUAAAAGAGCACAUGCCGAUUAAAAACAAAAUGCAAGAUAAAAAUAAUAAUAUAUUUGUAAAAGUAAAUUCUUUUGAAGAAAUAUACGAUGAACUAACUACUAAUGACAAUAGUUCUGAAAUUAAUAGCAGCGAAAAUGGGAAACAGGCAAUAACUUUAAACCGAAAUGUUCAUGAAGAGGAAAUGGCAAAAAAGCCUGUUUUACCUUUACCAAAACAAGAAAUAAGCAUUUCAGUGUUUAGACCUGUUACAGCUACAAAAUUAAUAAUAACUGAACAGAAGACGCAACUUUUACAAGCUAUUAUUGAAGAUAUUAAGACAAAGGAUAUAAAUAAAAAUAAUUUUGACCAACAAAAUGAAAGUAAAGAUGAAUCUGUUGAUGAAGGCCAACAAACACUUACUAUAAAAUCUGAUGCAGAAAAUACAGGAACUCCAAUUCAGUCUGACCAUUCUAGAGACAACAAUCCAGAAAAUAUGUCAAAAGAGUCACAGAACAACUCUUCUAACAUAGAGGUCGAUGAAACAAAAGUUGUUCUUUCACACAUAACGCAAACUGAGGAAAAGAGUCAUAAAGAGGAAGUUCAAAUAUCUACAAAAGGAAAUAAGAUACACGAGAAACAAGAUGUUAAACAAGACCACGUUAUCAUUAUGAGUAAAAAUUCACCCAAAUCUAACAUUCCAAAGUUAAUUAAACUUGUAUCCUCUAAUAAUAGGAUAAAAGGAGAUAAAACCUCUCCAAAAGUAUUAUCUUCAAAAGUUCCAGUCCGCAGAAAUUCCUUAAAGCAAUAUCCUGCACCGCCACCGCCAAAAUCUCACUUCGGUAAUAUACAAAGCGGUUUCGUUAAACAACUACAAACCAAACUUUUCAAUAAUAAAUUUCCAAAAACUUCCAGUAACAAUAAUGCGGUAGUGGAAAUUAAACCAACUACAUCAUCAACGUUAAACAAAAAAAAACAAGCUCCACAACCUCCCAAAGGGGUGGAAAGCAAGUUGCCUUCACCGCCGAGGUUAUCGCCGGCUAAAGAGAAGAAGGAAAAUUACUUCCGCGAAACAUGCCGCACCGAAGACGAGUGGACUGAAAGUGAAUCCGAAGAAUCUCCGUCACGGCCGAGAACCACAAGCGAAGAGAAGUACCGCGCUCCGUCGCCGCCGCCGCCGGUCACAGUGAGACGGGUGUCGGGACAAAUCAUCGAUUUGGCUGCAGUACAGCUACCUGAAGGUUCACCCGAGCGGCAAGCUCGCAUGAUCCUGGCGGAGGGCGCCACGGAGACGUGGGAGCAGGCGCAGCUGGCGGUGGAGCUGGUAUCGCGCGGGGCGGCGCCGCCCGCCGCGCUGCUCGCCGCGCUUGAGUGCGCCGACCUCGAAGCAGCCCUCGCAUACUUGCAUCAGGAAUGCGAACUAUGUGCCUCCAAACUGCCUGAACAUGAGAUGGUGUCGAUGCUUCGCUGCCUUCACCGCUGUUGUCGCGAGUGUGCACAACACUACUUCACAGUUCAGAUCACUGAGCGAAGUAUAGCAGAUUGUGUGUGUCCUUACUGCAAGGUGCCAGAGCUGGAGAACCUUCCCGAAGACGCGUGGCUAGAGUACUUCGCACAUCUCGAUAUACUGUUGAAGACUUUAUUGGAUGCGGACGUACAUGAACUGUUUCAAAGAAAGCUCCGAGACAGGACGCUUGCAAGGGACCCAAACUUUAGGUGGUGUAUGGAGUGUUCCUCCGGAUUUUUCGUCCAUCCAAAGCAAAAGAAACUUCGUUGUCCGGAAUGUCGAUCAGUCAGCUGUGCUUCUUGCAGAAAACCGUGGACUUCGAACCAUGAAGGAUUAUCAUGCGAGCAAUACACCAAAUGGCUAGAAGACAAUGAUCCGGAGCUUUCCUUGACUGCAGUGCAACAACACUUACGAGACAACGGCUUGGAGUGUCCAAGAUGUCAUUUUAAAUAUUCACUGUCGAGGGGGGGUUGUAUGCAUUUCACGUGCACACAAUGCAAAUUCGAAUUCUGUUACGGCUGUGGGAAACCGUUCACCAUGGGCGCGCGGUGUGGCCUCAGCGAGUACUGCGCCAAGUUGGGGCUCCACGCGCAUCACCCUCGGAACUGCCUGUUCUACCUUCGGGACAAGGAGCCGCAUGAGUUGCAGACAUUGCUGCAGAUGAAUAACGUGCCUUACGAGACCGAAUCCCCCGAAGGUUGUACAAAACGCUGUCCCAUACAACUGCAACGAGAGACGCCCACUGGAUUGAUAGACGGGACAUGCGGCAGUGAAGUGCCCCCCAAUCAUGCUGGUUUGUGCAAGAACCAUUACCUGGAGUACCUGAGCAGGUUGGUGCGCGCGCGCGGCGUGGACCCCCUGCCGCUGCUGGGCGUGGACGACCUGGAGACGCUGGUGCGGCGCGCGGCGCUGCGUCCGCCGCCGCGGCCCUACGGCUCGCUCGAGGGGCUGUACAAGCGCGGGCUGGCCGAGAUCGUAAAAGAAAAGAUACCAUUGGAAUGAAGCUGGACAGAAGAACUAGGACUCGAACUGAAAUUUUUGCAUGUGCAUAAUUUGCUUUAGCAGCGUCGAAAAUUCCACUUUUUUGGGGUCAAAGGAAUGUGACCGUGAAUACUAUUCAGAGCUAUCUUCCAAUAUUAACAUACUUUAUGAAUAUAUAAGUAUUACAUAUAUUGUUA